GACUCGGCAGCACAUCAGUUUAGUAUCGAUUGCUUAACGCGCAUUGGAACAUGCUCUGCCGCAAAUCGGGUAAUUCCCCGUAUCUUACAUCCAAUGGAACUUCGCUCUGUGUAAAUUACUUCAUAUCAAAGCAAAGUCACUUUCUCUCUCAGAGAUUACCAUAUUUUGUAAUCUCAAAUCUUUUUUUGGAAACACGCACAUUUCAUUUAGAGAUGUUAAAAUCGUUUUCACAUCUUGAGCGUAGGCCUAUAUAUUUGGUGGAACAAUUCUCAUGACAGUAUUAUUCCUAGCAGCCUUCACUCGAUAGACAUCUUUAAAAAGCAUCAUGGCAUCAUCUUACAUCAAUGGCAAUGUGGAAGCAUGUUAUGUACCUGAAGAUACAGCAACUGGAGAGAAGACUACCAACGGACAUGUUGAAGAUUCGAAACACACACAAGCGAGCCGACUUCAAAUAUCAUACACGAGUCUUCUCCUUCACGUAGUUUCCUUUACAGCCGUUAUUUGGUUAAUCGUACAAGUAGUUCAACUCAGGUAUGAUCUUGCCCGGUUGCAUAAUGAGAACACACGGAUGGGAGGUAUCGAUUGGCGUGAUGAUCAACAUAAGCCAACCCAACAAGCAGAAGAUGAAAUUAUUCAAGAUUCCAAUGUGAACUUAAAUACAAGACAGCGAUCAAGGAGACAAGCGCAAGUCGGUGGCUCAUCAGAUACGUAUUCAUACGAUUAUGAUACGCUUCUCUCGGAUGGCCUUCCUUCUCUUCAUGUUGUCGGUAAUCAGCAGGACUAUCUGGAACAAAGUACAGUGAACUGGUUUACGUUUCAUACGAGUAGUGAUACUGGAAUGUUGGGCAGAAUCUCACACGAGAGCCUGGUGUUUGUGCACAACCAAUUCAUAGAGAUAAAACUGCCUGGACACUACUUUGUGUACAGUCAGAUCACCUAUGCGGGACGAGGAGGUAAUUUUAUAGGCCAUGAAGUGGUGGUUAGACCUGAUUGUGGCGAUGGUAACGAGUUCGCUAUUCUGGAAUCUAGAGCUUUGCAAGUAACCCCCAAUGCUGGGCAGACACCGAGUGGUGAUAGUGGAUAUGGCGGUGGUGUAUUUUACUUGGCGGCCAACGAUCGAGUUGGAGUGCGCCCUCUACAAGGUGGCUCACACUACUUCACAAAGGAUAACGGACCGGGCAGUUAUUUUGGCGCGUUCCUGUUGUCAAAGAGUAGCAGUAUGGAUGUAGAUCCAGACUUAAGGCGUUGUCCAUAGACAGGUCUGGUUACCGACCAAGGUUUCUUCAAUCAAUUGGUCACAGAACACAUGCUGCAGUGAUUCGUCAUAAUAGCCAUAGUCAUUGUAAAGGCAACAUCGUUAAAGACAAUGGACACUAUUGGUAAUUGUCAAAAUCCAGUCUUCUCACUUGGUGUAUCUCAACAUAUGCA